AUGUCUGCUGCUUUGAAAAACUGUACUGCUACCGUUAAGUUAAACACUGGUGCUAACAUUCCAGCUAUUGGGUUGGGUACAUGGAGAUCUGAAAACAACGAUGGUUACGAUUCCGUCAUUGCUGCUGCCAAGGUUGGUUACAGACAUAUUGAUACUGCGGCUAUCUACGGUAACGAAGAUCAAGUCGGUAAAGCUAUUAAUGAAUGUGGUGUUACUCGUUCUGAAUUAUUUGUUACCACCAAAUUAUGGGGUACCCAACAACGUGAUCCAGAAACUGCCUUGAACCAAUCCUUAAAGAGAUUAGGUUUGGAUUAUGUUGACUUAUAUUUGAUUCAUUGGCCAGUAGCUUUUAAGACUGAUACCAUCAAGGAUGGUAACCUUUUAACUAUCCCAAAGAAAGACGGUGAAGCUGAUAUAGAUUAUCCAGAAUGGAACUUCAUCAAAACUUGGGAAUUGAUGCAAAACUUGUUAAAGACCGGUAAGACCAAAGCUAUUGGUAUCUCUAACUUUUCAAUUAACAAUAUUAAAGAGUUGUUGGCUGCGCCAACUACCACUGUGACUCCAGCUUGUAACCAAGUUGAAGUCCAUCCUUUAUUACCACAAGAUGAAUUGAUUGCUUUCUGUAAAGAGAAGGGUAUCGUCAUUGAAGCUUAUUCUCCAUUAGGUGGUAUCAAUGCUCCUGUCUUAAAGGAUGAAACCAUUAUUGAAAUUGCUAAGAGAAACAAUGUCGAUGCUGGUCAAGUCGUUACCAGCUGGCACGUACAAAGAGGCUAUGUUGUCUUGCCAAAAUCCGUCAAAGAAAGUAGAAUUAUUUCUAACUUAAAGACUUUCACUUUAUCUGAUGAUGAUAUGACUAAGAUUAAUAACUUAGUUAAAGUUAAGGGUGAAAAUAGAACUUGUGAUUUAGGUAUUAAGGGCUUUCCAAUGUUCCAAUAG